AUGGCUACUGCUUCUGCUUCUUACCAGAGCUUUAUUUCCCUAAACCCCACUACUAAAACCCACAAUUGCUCUCUUUCAAACAACUCCAUCUCUAUUCUUAAUCCCGUUUCACAUUCUUCUCGUCUCACUGCUCGCUCUAAACCUACUCACUUGUGGCUGAAGAAACCAUUCACCCCUCGUCUCUCUUGCACCAAUAGUCUCUCCUCAAUCUCUCCCAACACUAGCCAGUACGAGUUUGCAGAUGGGUCCUCCGAGGUUGAGUUAAGAUUACAAAUGGGUGGCCAAGAUAAUCUAAGCUCCAAAGAUGUGUUUGUUGAUGCGGAUGGCUCUUCUUUGACUGUUAGAGUAAAGCGCUCUGGUUCUCUUCUUACGCUUAUAGAAACUAAUCAACUGUUUGAUAAAAUUAAGCCUGCUGAAACAAUAUGGUAUAUAGAUGAUGAUGAGCUGGUAAUUAAUUUGAAGAAGCAAGACCCGGAAUUAAAAUGGCCAGACAUUGUGGAGUCAUGGGAAUCUCUGACAGCAGGGGCUAUGCAGCUUCUUAAAGGAACAUCCAUUUAUCUUGUUGGGGAUUCAACUGAAAUUAAUGAGAAAGUGGCUCGUGAACUCGCCGUAGGUCUUGGGUACACGCGUCUUAGUACAAAAGAGUUGCUAGAAACAUUUGCCAAGCAAACAAUUGAUUCAUGGAUGCUUGCUGAAGGCUCAGACUCUGUAGCUGAAGCAGAAUGUGCUGUAUUGGAAAGUCUAAGUAGUCAUGUCCGUGCGGUUGUUUCAACUUUAGGAGGGCAGCAGGGUGCUGCUGCAAGAGCAGAUAAAUGGCGGCAUCUCUAUGCAGGAUUCACUGUGUGGCUAUCACAGACUGAAGCACCGGAUGAGAAUUCAGCCAAGGAGGAGGCCAGAAGGCAUGUUCAAGAUGGUAAUUCAGGUUAUUCAAAUGCAGACGUAGUUGUCAAGCUGCAGGGUUGGGAUGCUGAUCAUGCCAAGAGUGUGGCUCAGGCAUCCUUGAGUGCCCUCAAACAGUUAAUCUUGUCUGACAGGAAACUCCCAGGUAAGAAAAGCCUCUAUAUAAGGUUAGGAUGUCGCGGCGAUUGGCCAAACAUUAAGCCUCCAGGGUGGGAUCCGUCAUCUGGAACUGAUGCAUCUCCUGCAAGAGUGUAGAAAUUAAACAAUGUACAUCAAAGCAAUAGAUUAUUUGAGGAAUUUGCCCUCAGAUCAUAUCAUUUUGUAAGUUUAUCAUACUUUACUUCAACUACAGAGAGAAUUGUAUUUAUUUCUCUGAGUCUUUAUUGAUAUAUACCAGUUUCAUUUAAAGUCAAAUAAUAAAACUAAAAACC